CGUCAGGAAGAGGCAAAGUAGCUUCCUGAUUUAAGCUCCACGACCCUAAGCAAAAUAUAGGAAACUUAAUCAGGCACAAACCACCGGUCACUCCUUCCUUUUCUUUUCAUCCCAGAUCUCUUCCUCUUUCUGUCAAGCCCUAAUCGCUGUAUUAUAUCCUCUCCGAAUCUCUCUGCACAACCUAAUUCUCCAACAGAAGGGUAUCGUGGUUUAUUUCUUUCAUAAUCAACCAUGUUUACCCGAAUUUUUGGUAAACCUAAACAGGAAGCCAAUGCUUUAACGACUUUGGAUAAAUUAAACGAGACACUUGAAAUGCUAGAGAAAAAGGAGAAAGUGCUUAUUAAGAAGGCUGCAGCAGAGGUUGAAAAGGCUAAAGAGUUUACAAGGGCAAAAAAUAAGAGAGCGGCUAUUCAAUGUUUGAAGAGAAAGAGGUUAUAUGAACAGCAAGUAGAGCAGCUUGGGAAUUUCCAGUUGCGUAUUCAUGACCAGAUGAUAAUGUUGGAAGGUGCUAAGGCAACCACAGAAACAGUGGAUGCAUUGAGAACUGGAGCUUCGGCUAUGAAAGCUAUGCAAAAGGCAACGAAUAUUGAUGAUGUUGACAAGACCAUGGAUGAGAUCAAUGAACAGACUGAGAACAUGAAACAGAUUCAGGAAGCAUUGUCAGCUCCAAUCGGUGCGGCUGCAGAUUUUGAUGAGGAUGAAUUGGAAGCAGAACUUGAAGAAUUGGAGGGUGCUGAGUUGGAGGAACAGCUUCUUCAGCCUGCAACUACAGCUCCUGCAGCACCAGUGCAGGUCCCAGCUGGGAGGCAACCUGCUCGCCCUGCUCCUCAGAAACGCACUGCCGAGGAAGAUGAGUUGGCUGCUUUGCAAGCCGAGAUGGCGCUUUAAGCAGAAUUUUGCAGGCGCUGUGCUUGAUCACAUGUUCCUUUGAUAAAGAAUUGUAGCAACUGGUAUGGAGAAUUCUGCUUUUCUCAGCCUCCUUUGUCCCUGUGAUUUACUGAACAAACCAGUGGGUGUAUAUAACGGUGUCAAAAAUUGAACAGAAAAGUCCAUCGACCUUGCUUCUAUACACUCGAACGAGUUGUCUUUUUAUCUUGUGUGAUGUGUCCAGUGUCUAUUGGUAAAAUUUACACUGCUUUCUCUCAUUUAUAGUCCUUGAUGGAAUGCAUUUACUUAUAUAUUUUGGUGUGUAUCCUUGAUGGAAUUAAUGUUAGUCUUGGCACUAAUCAGCUUUUAUCGUCGAACCAGUGUUCAAUGAAUAAAAAAAGGUUGGUUAGUGAGCGA